CAGGAUAGCAGCGGGAGAAAACAUUGCAUUUUGACUAAAAUAAGCUGACGAGGACUGUAAAGUACAUGUUUAUACUUUCUGAUACUAUGGCAUUGAUAGCAGCGGUGAGGAGAACAUGUUAUGCAGUGCUGGAGGGAAGGCUUCCAAGGCUGACAAGAUUGGAUGGAAACGUUAACAUUAGGACUAGGGCAUUGUCCAUUCUUGCACCAGCAGCUUCCAAUGUUGGUCAUGCUGGAAAGAGAACAAGUUCAUCCUCAAAAAGGUGGCAGCAAACAAGAGGCUUCCUGUGCUCUGCUACACAUGGCAGUAAGCUGGAGGCCUGGGAGGUGCUGAGAGAGCGGCUGCAGGUGUCUGUGCUGGCAGGUGGCAGGCAGGUGCAGGUGCAGUGGGACGACUCACUGGAAAGUAACACCAGGUACAGUAGCACAUGGCUGAGGUACCACUGCCACUGUCUCCAGUGUAAACAGGCCCACAGUGGACAGCGCCUGCUCAACCCACUGUCUCUCCCAGCCGCCCAGGAGGUCAGCAAGGCGUGGGUAGAUGACGAGGACCGUGCCCUGCAUCUGGUUUUCACAGGGGAGCCAGAACAUGUAACAGUGCUGCCAUUGGGCUGGCUGUGGGAGACUCUUACAAAAGAGGAGGCAUUAGUACAUCAGAAUGGGUUUCCUGAAAUUUCCUACAAAAAGUUGCUGAGUGGCAACAAGUCUGUUUUACUCAGGUGGAUGCAGGACAUCAGUGACUAUGGAGUCUCACUGGUCACAGAUGUACCAACUGAACUAGGAAAUGUGGCAAAGGUUGGAGAGCUCAUUGCCCCAGUACAGCAAUCUAUUUAUGGAAAUGUGUUUGAUGUAGUGUCUACUGAGAAGCCCAUCAAUGCUGCAUACUCUAACGUUGGGCUGGACUUCCACAUGGACCUGAUGUACUACGAGUCUCCACCUGGUCUGCAGCUUCUCCACUGUGUCAGGUUUGAUCCGGAGGUGCAGGGAGGAGAGAGUGUCCUGCUGGAUGUGUUCCCAGUAGUGGAACAUCUCAGAGUACAUCAUCCCGAGGACUUCAACACACUGGUCAGAGUGCCGGUAACCUUCCAGAAAUUUCACUUUGACAGAGAAUACCCAGUUUGCAUGAGGUACCAAAGACCACACAUAGUCCUCAACCCAGACAAGGAGGUGAUUGCUGUGAGCUGGUCCCCACAGUUUGAGGGUCCCCUGUCAGUACCAGAGGCUGAUGUGGAGCCGUACUACCAGGCUUACAGGAGGUUGGUUCAGGCCAUGCAGGACUCUCCUCUCAAGAAGGAGAGGCGUUUGGUAGCUGGUGACUGCCUAAUCUUCAACAACAGACGCAUGCUGCACUCCCGGAGGGCCUUCACACUGGCACCUGGCACUGUUCGACACUUACAGGGCUGCUAUAUAAACAUUGACGAGUUCAAGAAUCGUGUGCAGGUCCUCUCCACACUGGUCGGUGAUGGAAGCGAGGCUAGAAGGGUCGGCAACCACGACUACUUCUAAAACAACAACAAGUGUCCUGGUCAUCUUGUACUGAAAAUGAUUCUUUACUUCUGAACAUGUAGACCUCUUAAUCAACAGCAAAGAUGUUGUGUUGGCAUGAUGCAUUUUAGUGCUUUACUUUUUUUCUGUUGAUUGUUACAACUUCAGAUGUGUUAGUACUUUUUAAAAAUGUAAAAAAAGGAAAUUUCAUUGCUGCUAUUCAAUGUAUUAACAAAGUGUGAACAAAGUAUUAUAGGUACAUAAAAUCUGCACAUUGGACACAUCAUAUUGGUUAAUAAGUGUGGGGGUGUUGACCUAGUAUCACAUUUCUAGGCCUCUUUGAGGACUUGGCUCCUGUACUAUGGCAUCUAUAGCAAUCUUACCAUCUUUUCAAUCGCAUUUAUUGUGUACUAGAACAUGACAAAAGGUAGACACUGAUAGAUAAGUAUAUAAGUACAUGUAGAAACAUCAGUGAGUAACAGUUAUAUGAAUAACUGCCAGCCUUCCCUGACAGCUUAUCAUAAAGGUGCCACAAUUAACAGUUCAAGCAGGGUUUUAUUGUACAAGUCAUGAAAAUAGUUUAUGCUGUAUUAACAUACAGUUGUACUUAAAUGCAUAUCAUGGUAAUGUUAAUCACACUGUUGAAACGUUGUCACUACACUACAUUUCAUCAGGGGAGGAACGUUGACCUCAGGGAAGGCGGAAUAUAACCUAAUGAACUACAGAUAAAAAUGUGAAAAUCGCUGAAAUAGCAGUUUUAAGCCAGUUUAAGUAUUUAAAGACAAGUGGGCUGAGCAAAAAACAAUGUGUUGCUCAAAAGUCAAAACCUAACUGGUGUCCCUGUGGAACAUUUGUUGUAUCUUAGUAUAUGUAUAUGUCAUUAUAUAUUUAUUAACGAUUAUCUGGUAUGAUUAUGAUAAAAUAUAUGGUUAUCACACCAAAAGACAACAUUUUAGGAUUAUAUUUUAAUCAACAAUAUUAGUACUGUUAAUUUGCCAUACAUAUUUAUGCGCCUUUCUCCUUGUCAUAUGCAAAAUUUUAAUGUUGCUCCAUCAAAAAGUCAUACUUCCAGUGUGGGAGUUCUGCGGCCAGGUAAUUAAAAUACAAGUUGA